AUGUUAAAUGCUAGAGUGGUUUUGAAUAAUCAUAAAAGAGUGUUGCCCAAUGUGACAUCCCGAGCGUCAUCCAGAUCAUUGGCAUCGGUUGGUACAUCAAGGACAUUACAACCUUUUACUCAAAAUGUCGUGAGAUCCCACAAUUAUAAGCCAUUGUUAAAUAUGGUCAAGUAUGGUUCUAGGACACCACAGGCUAGCUUCUCCACUUCCAUGUCAAGAAACAUUCAAAUGAGAAUGAACAAUCAACAAAGUGAGAAGCCUGCUUUGGAAGAAUUCGGUACUGAUUUAACCAAGCUUGCUAAAGAUGGUGCAUUAGAUCCAGUUAUUGGUCGUGAUGAAGAGAUCAAUAGAACAAUUCAAAUUUUAUCUCGAAGAACAAAGAAUAACCCUAUCUUGAUUGGCCCAGCUGGUACUGGUAAAACAGCAAUUUUGGAAGGUCUUGCUCAAAGAAUUGUUAACAAGCAAGUGCCCGAGAGUAUGAAAUCCAAGAGAAUUAUUUCUUUAGACUUAUCCAAGGUUAUGGCCGGCUCGAAGAUGAGAGGUGAUGUUGAAGAACGUUUGAACAGAUUGUUGACAGAAAUUCACAAUGAAGCGGGGAAUAUCAUCUUAUUUAUCGAUGAAAUUCAUUUGUUGAUGGGCUUGGGUAAAACAGAUGGUUCUUCGCUUGAUGUAUCCAAUUUAUUGAAGCCAGAUUUGGCUAGGGGUAAAUUACAUUGUGUCGGUGCCACCACUAUUGACGAAUAUAGAAAGUUUAUUGAAAAAGAUGUUGCUUUGGCUAGAAGAUUCCAGAAAGUCUUAAUCAAUGAACCUUCUGUCACUGACUCCAUUUCCAUCUUGAGAGGAUUAAAGGAAAAGUAUGAAGUUCAUCAUGGGGUCAAAAUCAAUGAUGAUGCGUUGGUCAGUGCCGUUAACCUCAGUUCCAGAUAUAUCACAGAUAGAUACUUACCAGAUAAGGCCAUUGACUUAAUUGAUGAAGCCUGUUCUUCUAUUAGAUUGCAACAUGAGUCGAAGCCCGAACCAAUUCAAAAAUUAGAAUAUAAGAUCAUGACUAUAAAAAUUGAAUUAGAAUCAUUGAAGAAAGAAGAGUCCACUCCAUCUAUUGAAAGCAAAAAGAACUCUUUGAACGAGUCAUUAUCUCAGUUGAAUGAAGAAUACGAGCAAUUGAUGUCCAGAUGGCAAGUGGAAAAGAGCAAUAUUGAACAAAUCAAUGCUGAGAAGAAGAAAUUGGAAAAAUUCAAGCAAGAUUUGGAAGCUUACCAAUUCAAUGGGAACUAUACUAAAGCUUCGGAAUUGAAAUAUGCCUCUAUUCCGGAAACUGAAGAAAGAAUUCAACAAUUGAACGAUGAUUACGUGAAGGCCAAUGAGGGGAAAAAUGGCGAAUCAUUGCUUAAUGACUCGAUCACUACUGAAGAAAUUGCCAAAGUUAUUUCCCGCGCCACCGGAAUCCCUAUGGAUUCUUUGUUGAAGCCUAAUAAGCAGAAGUUACUUCAUGCCGAAGAUAUUUUGAAGAAAGACAUUGUUGGUCAAGAUGAGGCUGUCAAGGUCAUUUGUGAUGCAGUUAGGUUACAAAGAGCUGGGCUCACUAAUAGCAAAAGGCCAAUUGCCAGUUUUAUGUUUUUAGGUCCAACCGGUACUGGUAAAACUCAAUUAACUAAAAAGCUUGCUAAUUUCCUCUUCAGCGAUGAAUCUGCAAUUAUCAGAUUUGACAUGUCGGAAUUCCAGGAGAAGUUUUCUAUUUCAAGAUUGAUCGGUGCCCCACCAGGGUAUGUUGGUUAUGAUGAUUUAGGUGGAAGUGGUGAAUUAACCCAACAAGUGAAAAUGAAACCAUACUCAAUUGUUUUGUUUGACGAAUUUGAAAAAGCCCAUCCAGACAUCAAUAAACUUUUGUUGCAAGUGUUGGAUGAGGGUCAAUUGACAGACUCACAUGGUAAUAAGAUUGAUUUUAAAAAUACCAUUAUUAUUUUGACAUCGAACCUUGGCCAUGAAUUUUUCCAUGAAGACACCACUGUGGAAACUAACUCAUCUGAUGAAAAUAUCCCGGUAUCAGCCACCAUAAAGAGUAAGAUUAUGGAUGUUGUGAAAUCCACCUACCCUCCAGAAUUCAUCAACAGAUUGAAUGAUUUGAUCAUUUUCAAUAAGCUAUCCAAGAAGGCAAUGCUCAGGAUUGUGGAUAUCAGAAUCAAUGAGAUUCAAAAGGAUUUGGUGGCAAAUAACAAGGACUUUCAAUUAGAUGUACAUGAUGAUGUGAAGCUGUGGAUCAUUGAAAAUGGUGGAUACGAUCCAAAUUACGGUGCCAGACCAUUGAACAGAUUCUUGUUGAAGGAGGUUUUGAAUCCAUUAUCAUUAUUGUUGAUCAAGGGUGAAAUCAAGAAUACGGAUGAAGUGGUUAAGGUCAUUGUUGAUAAGGAUACUAAUAAAAUAAAGGUGUUGCCAAAUCAUGAAGCUGAAAAGAAAGAAUGA